AAUAAGAUGGAUCAAAUAGUGGGAAAUAGAAUUAUAGUUUAUAUGAGAUAAUGUCAAUCGAGAUAAUUAAUAAUUUAAAUAAUUAGUGUCAUUAAUGUUAAUUGUAAAGGAAAGUUUCAUUUCAAUCGACAUCAAUUCAAGAUUACGAAGUUUAGUUCAAUAAGAUGUGUGAAAAAAAAAAAUCUAUAAAAGGUUAUGCAAAGUUUUUUCAUGAUGAAAAAUACGGUCACAAAAUAUAGAGUUUAAGAAAGUGUAUUCAAUUGAAAUCGUACGCUGCUUUCAUCAUUGCGAAGCUCGCUCUGCGAAGACGCAGCCAGUGUAUCGUUAGAAAUGUAAUGACAAUCAAUCAUUUAAAGAUGACAUUAUCAAUUAAUCUUAUAAUAGCCGUUAUUGUUUUGUUAAUCAUCGGCUUGAUAAUUAAAUUAGUAUUUUAUCGUGGCCGUCUAAGAAGCGUGGAAAAUAAACAUGUCGUGAUAACUGGUGGUUCCAGUGGAAUUGGAAAAUCUGUAGCAGUCGUCGCUGCUAAGCAUGGAGCACACGUAACUAUCAUAGCCCGUAAUGUAGAAAGAUUAGAAAAGGCUAAAUACGAGAUAAUGCAAGCUUGUAAGAAUAAGGACACUCAGCGGGUGGAGUAUUUAUCACUUGAUGUAACUGAAAGCUACGAGGAGUUACAAAAGGCAUUUAUGGAACUCGAGAAGACCAUGGGUCCCAUAUAUAUGCUAGUAAAUUGUGCUGGCUCUGCUGUCUGUGCUAAAAUCGAAGAUACAUCCACUUCUGAUGUACGCAAAAUGAUUGACUUGAAUUUUCUUGGUACUUAUUAUUGCAUCAAAGCCAUCGUGCAAAAUAUGAAAACUGCUAGAGAUGGGAUCAUCGUAUUAACGUCAUCUCAAGCUGGUUUUAUAGGUAUCUAUGGUUAUUCAGCUUAUUGCGGCGUCAAAUUUGCACUGCGUGGUUUGGCAGAGAGUUUGGCCAUGGAACUUGGUUCGCACAAUAUUUCUGUGACUCUCUGCUUACCUCCUGACACCGAUACACCUGGUUUUGCUGAGGAAGAACUGUCAAAGCUGCUGGAAACAAAAUUGAUUUCUCAAUCAUCAGGUUUAGUCAAACCCAAUGUAAUUGCGGAUCAAUUAUUCAAAGAUGCCUUGGAUGGCAAAUUUUUUUCAACCGUUGGUAUGGAAGGAUUCCUUUUGUGUAUAGUUUCUUGUGGGAUGUCUCCGUUCACCUCGAUUUUGGAGCUAUUAAUGCAAAUAACAUUAAUGGGUCUCAGCAGACUGAUAAGCGCAUUCUAUCUCAUCUCAUUCCAAAGAAUUAUUUUGAAAUGUAUGAAAACUCGUGAUAAGAAUAAAAAGUCCGAAUGAACAGUGUACUUGUAUCGGUGCUGCUGCUUUCGUGAUAAGAAGGAUACGUGGUCCGAUUGCAUCAAGAAAAAAUUCAAUUUAUUUCAGAAAACUGAAUGUAUUAUCAUUCCAUGUAAUAUUUAUAGUAACGUCGAAAUGGGAGUAAUAAAUGUGCAUUUGAAUACGA